AGAAUUAAAAAAAAUAAUAUUUCUUGACUAAAUAAAUUGAAAAUAUAUUAUCUGUAACUAAUUACACGGUCGUUUGUUUAUAAAAAGGUGUUCCUGUUCCUUUAAUUUAUACCAGAAUGUCACUGGAACCUUCAACUUGCGAAGAUUUGAAAGCGUUUGAAAGAAGACUCACUGAAGUUCUUGCGUGUUUACAGCCUAAUUGCUUGAGAUGGCGAAUAGUUUUAUGCAUAGUUACUAUCAUUUCUGGUGUUUCAGCUUUCUUCUGGUUGAGUGACCCACAGACAUCAGUUCUUCCAUUCUUUGACUCUUUAUUAAAUCACUACAUAUUUACAACUUCAGCUCUAACCUUAAUAACGUUAUUCUGCUAUGGAAUACAUAAACUUGUAAUAUCACCACAAAUUAUUAUAUCACGUACAAGAAAUGUUCUUUCGGAAUUCAACCUAAGCUGUGACGAAGCAGGCAAAAUUAUCUUGAGAUCAAGACCAAAUGCUCCUUAAUGAUAAUAAAAUUUAACUGUAAGAAUUAACAAUCAAUUGAUCUAUUUAAUAAACCAAAACAUUCAAGAUAAA